AUGGCGUCGGUCUUUGCCUCCGCAGACAUCGCAGCCUUGGUGGCCAAUUUCCAGCCUCUCGCCGUCCGCGACGGUCGUCCUUCACUGGUCAGGAGCAAAUCUGGAGAGCAUCUAGUCAAUCUGUACAAGGCGUGCCGCAAGCUUGAUUACUUGCUGCAGACGUGGGAGUCAAGGAUCCCCAAGUCAAGCGUCUCGAAUUUGCUUGGCAUUGAAAGCCAGGCCGAACAGCUCGUAUGGCUACAACUCAAGGGCCCGGUUUACGAAAGCAAAGAUGGGAAGCAGGUCCUCCCGGAGCCGUAUGUAAGGCGAAUUCUGGAUAUACUCGAAGACGAAGUGCGACAGUCUGGUGUUGAAGUGGGCACUUUCUCGGUCGACCACGAUAUUGCCUCUGCAAGUCUGGACAAUCUCAUCGACAAGGAGCGACAUCGAAGGUGGAAGCGAGUCAGUGGCGAUGGCAAAGAAUACAUCGUUGGUGAAGGGAUUCUCGAAACAUUGAAAGAGAGACUGCAGGAUGCAAUUGGGAGCGCCGGAUCAGAGAUUUGCGAUUUGCCCGCCGCGCUUUCUCAGCAAGUACCACUACCUAUUCUUGAAGCGGUCGCGAGCGACGUAGUCGCGAGGAUUGGCGGCGACAUUCGCAUUGAGGCAGAUCAUGCUGUCUACGUGCCGGCCAAUUACUCGGAAGCCGUUGAGGAGCGCCUGGAGCAGAUUCGGGAAAACCGGAUCACGGAGCUGUUAGGCAAACUCGUUGCCGGCAAAUACUGUGUAGUUACAACAGAAGACAUUACUUCGUUCGACUCGGAAGAUGACACUGCCGAGCUGCCUUCGCUCGAUCAGGCCGUUCUGGACGAACACGAGAAAUCGCACCCCGAGGUCAAUGUUGAAGCUUUGUCACUCUUUACGGGCCAGAAGCAACCCAAGAGCUCUACUACAUCCCCGUCACCCAAGCUUUUGAUCGAGACAAAUACUUUGGAAGGAGAGCUCGCGAUCAUCGAAGCGGCAUUAGUGUCUCGAGCAGAAGAGAUCUGGCAGAGUGGAGAGCGAAAGUCCUAUCUCGCACUAGUAAUGCAGGCUCUUCGAAACAAUGAGUUGAGUCCGCCAGAUCAGAGGGAGCUUUGGCAACUGCUGGCGCAGAGUGGACGUGUGGACGAGUUAUUGCCGGCUGUCAGGGAGCGCAUUGGACAGCUGGAAAGCGAAGAGCAAGAGAAGGUCAAUCAGCUCGUGGAAGCCCGACUGCUGGUCCCGCUGCAAUUAUACACAUCAGGGAUCGAGACGAUUCAAGACGCCACGCUCAAAGAGCACCUCGAGGACUUCAUCGCCGACCACUUCAAGCGCGAAGUCAUCCCUCAGAUGAUCCAAGCCGCCACGGAACAGACUCUCCUCCGAGACAAGGAAAGAGAACGCCAGCACGGCAAACUCCGCCAAUCCACCGCCGAAGCAAAGAACUUUGACCAACUCCACGCAGCCGUCAGCAAAUUCACCAAGAAACUCAAAGUCGAAGCGCCGGGCGAGGAGAUGCUCAAGCGCGUCAAAGAGAAGACCCUCCGUGCUUGCGUGAAAUCUCUCACGAGCAUGACCCGAGGCUCGGAUGUUCUCCAGAACCUGAUCUGGAUCCUGCUUGCGCAGGAACGGGAUGGACUCUUCAUGAGCUCGGGAAAGGAUACGAGUCGUAUGAUCAAGCAGGUUGGGGAGUCUGCGACUGCGGAGAGAUUGGUCAAGUGGAGGGAUAUGUUGAAAGCUGGUGAGGGGGGCAGGGAAGAGGUGGAGCAGAUGAGGGGUUUGGCCCGGAAGGCUUUUGAGGAUACCAGGCCGAAGUUGGAGAGGAGGAAGAGCUCGAUGUCUUCUACUUCGAGAAGUGAAGGGAAACGGAAGAGUACGGUUUCCUUUACGACUGCGACGAUGGCGGCUGAGGAGGAGAAAGGAGCGGAGACGUGA